CGGGAGACAACAGUGGUGGAGGUGGCGUCAUACAAGGUACCACCAACUAUCUCCAUCAUGUAAAGAUGCUUAAGGAACCCUUCUUCGAGUGCCCCGGCAAGCGAGAAGUGUCCUCUCUGUGGUGUGCUCGCUUUAUAACAACUGCUAAGGCUGGACUAUAAGGAAAAUUAGUGAUAUUAACUGACAAGGAGUAAAUCGGUAGAAAAAAAGACUUAUACUAAAUGUCGUUUCUGGUUUUCACGCUGCCGUGGUGAGGUUACCUGUGCUGCAGUGAUGACCAGCUAAUGUGAGCUCGUCUGGCAUCACAUAAGUGUUAAAGAACCUGUGUUGAAUUAUGACUACUGUAUUCUCUUCGUUACCAAUAUAUUGUAAACAUCAGUGUGUGUUAUUAUCGUACGGCAUAGUUAAUUAAGCGAAUAGCCUAGAGCAACAUACGAUCAACAGGUUUAGGUAAGGGAUCCCGAGUGUAAGGCGCUAUAAACUUUUUAAUUUUUUAUCCUCUUCGCUACUUAUCAGUUCGUUAGCUGCUUGGGCCUGUACUGGCUCAUGAAUGUAUCUUAACCUGCCCCAGUGUUGGUCAAGUCUGGUCUUGAAAGAGCUCACACCCGGUGCCGUCACAACACUCGCUGACAGAUUGUUCCAAGAAUUCACAUUUCUCACCCGCAAAAAUUUUGCCCUCACUGUUUUCUGGACUUGUGACUUCUUCAUCCUUGAGCUGUGACCCCUAUGGUGCAGUUGAAGGGGAGGUGAAGAUGUUGUGUUGACUGGAGCAGUACUCUGUGAUAACAAGUCCUCGAUAAUGUUCAAGAUGAUAAAGAGUCUACGGCUGCAGCGUGGAGGGCGGUGGCGUGUAGUACGUGUUGGUUGCGUGGUGCUUCUGCUGCUGUGUGCGUGGACAGCGUUCUCCCAGAACGCCCACGAUCUCCCAUCAACCACCCUUAGUGAUAAGUUUAGCCGCUCACCAAAUCUCCAGGUGGCGCCCCCAGACAACAUUCACCUAGCAAAAGGUGAUCAUGUACACUUCAAAGUGGGGUCUCCCUCCGAGCCACACCUGCUGGGUGAACGGGCGCGUAGCCAGUCACGGCCUCUGGAGGAACGUUCCCACGCCCUGCCUCACCCCUUAGAAGAGCCCAUUCAGAUAAAUGACCAAGAACUUAAGAAAGACCUGAGACAGGAUGCAGCCCAAGCCGCUCUUAUGGACAGUGACAACAUAAAUCCAAGAUAUAAUGUGAAGGCUGUCAAGGACAAAUUGGAAGAACUUAAACCAAAGCCAUUUAGAAACCAGAUCUUCUUCCAUCAAAAGCAAUUAGAAAUUCCUGAAGGCUACCUGGAGGAGGAGUAUGUUGAUAAUUAUGAGGAAGAUCAGGGAGAUGAGGAAGGGAAGUGGAAAGGGAGGAACAGGAAUGAGGAUGAGAAUAAUGUUGCUGUUGAAGAGGUAGAUGAUCCGGGUGCUGCAAAGGAUGAUGUUGGACUCGAGGAUGUGGGUGGUGAAGCCUUCAAGAAAAGGAAGGGUAAGAAUAAAAAGAAACAUUCCAAAAUGAACAAGAAAGUAGAAGAGAACAAUGGUGAAAACUUAAAGAGGAUAGAAAGAAAGGUUAAUGAAAACAAGGACAUGUCUGGAAAAAUGGAUUUAGAGAUUGGAGGCGGUCAUCAUGUGGUCCAUCAGAAUGAAAAUGUACCCGUUGUGCCUGACCAUCCUGAUAUAGAGGAAGAUAUGGCCGCCACUGAAAAAGAUAUGGCUCUCCGGAGGUCAAAAGUUAUAGAAGUGUGUGGAAAGUAUGGCUUGGGACCUAAACCUGUCCAAGGUGCAUCAAAAACUAUAAAAUAUCCACCCUUACCCAACUACGAUGUCUUCUACAUUGACAGACCUGACCUGCUGGCUUGGUGUCCCAUCUACAAGGCAGCGUCAACAUCUUGGUUGUACAACUUUAUUAAGCUAGCUGGUUUGUCAGAGUCAUACAUACAGAACACCAAGGAGCAGGUGUCUCAUGUAGCCAGGAAAGUGUGGCCAGUUCAAGAUUAUGAGGAUAUUCAACAGUCUUUGAAAGUGUGCCUGAAGUUCAUGAUCGUGCGUCAUCCCUUUGAACGGUUGGUUUCUGCUUACCGGGAUAAACUUGAAAACACGAACAUUGGUAAGCAAAAUGGUGUUGACCACUUCUACGAGAAAUUUGGAAAGAAAAUAGUGGACAAGUAUCGUCCUCCUGGCAAAGGUCUUCCUGCAAAUCGUUAUUCCCAAGACAUGGAUGAUCCAAGAUUACCACAUCCCAAAGGCAUUGAACCCACUUUUGCAGAGUUUGUUAGAUAUUUAAUUGAUACAAAUCUAAUUUAUUAUGCUGAUGAUCACUGGAUGCCUUACUAUAUUUACUGCACUCCAUGUCUUGUCGAUUAUGAAGUCAUUGUCAAGUUUGAAACUCUUGAUCGAGACCAGAAUUACAUCAUAAGGAAAAACCACUUGGAAAAGAAGAUCCAACCAUCAUGGAAGCAUCUGACGAAUGGGAAGAAAACGUCAGAUACUGUGAAGAAAUACUUUGCCACCAUCACCAAAACUGAACUGAUGAAACUGUAUAAUAAAUAUAAACUCGACUUUGAGUUGUUUAGUUACUCUAUAGAUGAAUAUCUUGACUAUGUUCAACAGUCUUAGUACCGAGCGUGAGGGAUAACGUCUUUAUGUGGGGGAAAUAUUUCAGAUGCUUUAUACUGAUGUACGCUUAUAAAUAUAAUCCUUUUGUGGGGAAAUAUUUUAAUA